AGGCUUUCAACAUGGCGGCCGUGUUACUGGCAGCGGCGGCUACGGUGACGGCCCGGCCCGGGGCGGACAGAGUCGGAGGCGGCGGCGUUCGCUCUCCUUAAGCGUGGUCGGGAGUUCCGUUGGGAACCGAGCCGGAGAGGCCGGCCGGCGCCAGCACCUUUUUGGCCUCUGGGGCGGCGGCAUCUGCGUUCAGGUUCUAAAUGGCUUCUAAGAAGUUGGGUGCAGAUUUUCAUGGGACUUUCAGUUACCUUGAUGAUGUCCCAUUUAAGAUAGGAGACAAAUUCAAAACACCAGCUAAAGUUGGUCUACCUAUUGGCUUCUCCUUGCCCGAUUGUUUGCAGGUUGUCAGAGAAGUACAGUAUGACUUCUCCUUGGAAAAGAAGACCAUUGAGUGGGCUGACGAUAUUAAGAAGAUCCAAGAAGCCCAGCAGGAAGCCGAACGCAGGGCUGAGGAAGCAGAGGCUACAGUGAAUUCCAAGAGUGGCCCAGAGGGCGACAGCAAAUUCUCCAAGAUCCCCAGUACAGCCACGAUGCCGCCCCCCUUUAAUCCGAUCCUUGCCAGCUUACAGCACAACAGUAUCCUCACCCCCACUCGAGUCAGCAGCAGUGCCACGAAGCAGAAAGUUCUCAGCCCUCCCCAUACAAAAGCAGACUUCAAUCCUGCUGACUUUGAGUGUGAGGAAGACCCGUUUGAUAAUCUGGAGUUGAAGACUAUUGAUGAGAAAGAAGAACUGCGAAAUAUUCUCGUAGGAACCACUGGACCCCUCAUGGCUCAGUUAUUGGACACUAAUUUGCCUCAAGGAAGCUCUGGAUCUGUGUUACAGGAUGAAGAGGUCCUGGCUUCGCUGGAGCAGGCCACCCUUGAUUUUAAGCCUCUCCACAAACCUAAUGGCUUUAUAACCUUACCACAGUUGGGCAGCUGUGAGAAGAUGUCGCUGUCUUCCAAAGUCCCCCUGCCCCCCAUCCCCACAGUGAGCAAUAUCAAAUCCCUAUCCUUUCCCAAACUAGACUCUGAGGACAGCGGCCAGAAGACAGCCAAGCUGGCGAGCACUUUCCAUAGCACAUCCUGCCUCCGCGAUGACCCGUACCAGAGUUCCCGGAAACCUUCUACCCAAAGCAGUGCCAGUGAGCUCAAUGGGCAUCACACCCUGGGGCUUUCCGCUUUGAACUCAGACAGUGGUACCGAGGUGCCGACCCUGCCUCCCUCGGAUCUCAUCUCCCAGAUGCCUUCCCUUUCUGUCUUGUCUGUGUGCACAGAAGAAUCAUCACCUCCGAAAACAGGUCCCACGGUCACACAUCCUAAUUUCUUAAUGUCACAAGUGCCCAACGCUUCCAGCUGUCCCCAGGCCUGUUCUGCACUGCACACACUGUCUCCCAGUGAGCGGCAAUGUGUGGAGACAGUGGUCAACAUGGGCUAUUCAUAUGAGUGUGUUCUGAGAGCCAUGAAGAAGAAAGGGGAGAAUAUUGAGCAGAUUCUAGACUAUCUCUUUGCACAUGGACAGCUCUGUGAGAAGGGCUUUGAUCCUCUUUUAGUGGAAGAGGCUCUGGAAAUGCACCAGUGUUCGGAGGAAAAGAUGAUGGAAUUUCUUCAGUUAAUGAGCAAAUUCAAGGAAAUGGGCUUUGAACUGAAGGACAUUAAGGAAGUUCUGUUGCUGUACAACAAUGACCAGGACAAUGCUUUGGAAGAACUCAUGGCUCGGGCGGGUGCCAGCUGAGACUAGAACUUGCCACCGCUCUGCCACGGAACUCCACCGGCAGCCUGAAAGCCCAGCUGGGAAGGAGAAGGGGCACACUUCCAGAUAGUCUUUGGGAUAGAAGACUGCUCACUAGUCUGUGAGCCUAGACCAGCCAGACCCUGAGCUAGGGGAGAAGUGUGUAAGAUUGGGGCCUGUGGAUGCCCCUCCCCAGACUCAUUGGCUUCUGUCACAAUAAAU